CAUGUGCUCGAAUGCUGAGAGUGCUCAGAAAGACGGAGGGAGGGAGAAAGAAAAAGAGGAGGAGGGACAGAGCAACCAAUGAGCACUAUGCGCUGAACAGUAUGAAAGAACAAAAAAAAUGUAUUGAGACUUCAAAAGGAUUAUAUUUGGAGUAUCUCAUGGGCUCAAGGCAAAAGAAGAAUUUGACUGGAGAAUCGUGAAGAACUCUCCUUUGCAUCAUGGAGGUAGAGAACACAUGGAGUGUGGACAACACCUCCAUGUUCACAAAUGUGUCCUUAGGGCUAAACAGUUCGUCUCCAGCCCGGAAUAUCUCCCUUCAGACUGAGUCAGAGCACAGUGAUGCAGAGAUGGUGCUCCUGGGUAUACUGAUGGGACUUCUAGUCUUAGGUAUUGUCUUUGGCAACAUCCUGGUCAUCACUGCCAUUGCACGUUUCCAACGUUUACAGACCGUCACCAACUGCUUCAUCAGCUCUCUGGCCUGUGCAGACCUGGUCAUGGGGCUCCUAGUGGUCCCCUUUGGUGCCUGUUACAUCCUUCUAAAUAGCUGGCAUUUCGGCAACUUCUUUUGCCAGUUCUGGACAGCCACGGAUGUGCUGUGCGUCACGGCUAGCAUUGAGACAUUGUGUGUAAUAGCUCUGGACCGCUACCUGGCAAUCACAUGGCCACUCCGCUAUCAGUCAGUGCUGACCAAGCGUAAGGCCUGCUGGGUGGUGUUGGCAGUGUGGGCCGUGGCAGGCCUCAUCUCCUUCCUGCCCAUCCACAUGGAGUGGUGGGUGUCUGAGGAGCAAGAGGCACAGGACUGCUUGAAAAAUGCCUACUGCUGUGACUUCAACACCAAUGCACCGUAUGCGGUGGCCUCGUCCAUCGUCUCUUUCUACAUCCCCCUGGUGAUAAUGGUGUUUGUUUACGGCCGGGUCUUCCAGGAGGCUCGGCGGCAGCUGCAGAAGAUCGACCGGGUGGAGGGUCGCAUUCGGACGCAAAGCUUUGGCACACAGGAUGGGAACGAGGUGAGGAACCGAAAGACCAGGUUUUGCUUGAAAGACCACAAAGCCCUGAAGACCCUUGGAAUCAUCAUGGGCACAUUUACACUUUGCUGGCUACCGUUCUUUGUGCUCAAUGUGGCGGCGGCCAUCUGGAAAAUGGACAACAUCAAGUUGCCCUUCAGGAUCUUGAACUGGAUAGGCUACGCCAACUCGGCUUUCAACCCCCUGAUCUACUGCAGGAGCCCUGAGUUCAGGCUUGCCUUCCAAGAGAUCCUGUGCAUGCACUCAAAGUUUUCAUCCGCAAAGAACAAAAAGGGAUAUAUCUAUGGCAAUCACAGCUGGCAAGUGCACAUGAAGACCACCAGUCUGAGGCAGCCACCUCUUACUGAGUGUGGAACAGUAGAGCUAGGUGCAAGCUCUUUGCCUGCCAACAAUUCCAACAGAAACGGGAAUUGUAAUAAAGCUCAUUUAGCCAAUUUUGAACAGUGAAAUUUCUUGUCAUUUGUUACUUCCAUUUCCGCUACCACACAUUUAAAUGACUUAAGAAAUAUCUGGUAAGUGAACAAAUGGAAAUAUAAUGUAAAAAUGUUUUACUGUCCAUGAAAACCUGUACUUGUAGUGGACAAGUCUUUAUUGUAAUGAUUCUGGAUGUGGUGCUUAGAUGGUUACCAGCACUUGUCAAUGAGUAAUUAAAACCAGUCUGUAGCACCAAAAGGUUUAGGUACAAGGUGGAGCAAAACUUGAAAUUUGGAAUAUAGUUGUGAAACACUGGAUACCUCUCCUUCUAGCCUACCUCAUGACAAUGUCUUCACUGUAACAAGUUUGCAUUUAAUUAGCUCAAAAAAACUGGAGCUCUGGAUCCACACCGCAUACAUGGAUUCAUGUGUAACAUAUUCUCACCGAUCUCAGAUCAGUUUAGUCCUCUUUAUAUUUUAACGAACACUACUAUAUUAAUGAUUUGAGAUCAGUACUUUCAUUUUUGAGACGUUUAAUACGUAGGGGCCUGGGGGGUGGGGGGGGUUGUUUUGUGCAAGACAGACUUGUUACAUUCCAUUUAAAAGCUGGAACUGUCUUUAAGCCAGGGACUUCUGUAUCUCUCUGAUCCCUUGUCUAAGAGGGAGGAAAUCCAACCCUCUGACGAAGAGCAACAGGUGGACAUUGCCGUCUGUGCUAUAACCAGCUGCACUUACGAAAGGAAAAAAAAAAGAAGCCCAACAAUAUUCAGAUCUCUCCACUCCAUGUACUUCAACCUUCCCCAGUUAACAUUUCCACUGGGUAAUCAUUUUAAGGUUGUAGUUUGCUUGCCUACAGAUAUAAACAAGACCUUAUUUUAUCAGUCUGGCUGGUGUGGUUGACAGUGCAAGGACAGAAAAAUGAAAUGUGGUUAGCACUAUUGACUGUAUAGCACGUAGAGAUUUUCCAGAAUGAGAAACAAGUUAAAGGUUCUUGUUGCUGAAAGCACUUGUUAAAGCAGGCAGCUUCAUGUUCUAUAGUGAGUUUGCCAAAAAAAUGGGAUUUUAUUAGUCCCUUCAGAAUAUGUAUAGCAAACCAUUUCUGUCAAUGGCUGCACAUUCAUUGGGAGAUAUGUUUUUAGAAGUGUUUAUGUGUAAUGUUUACAGAGAUUCUUGAGCAAACUGGCCAAAGGGGAAAACAUGCUACAGAAAAACUAUUAUUCCAAUAAUUGCUUUUGUUAAAAUCCAUAAUAAUCCUAGUGUUUACAUUUUUACUAAAGGAAUUGAAUGUGAUGUAGUGUAGUCUCGUUGCCAUAAAGCAAAGUACACUACUCCUUUAGGCAACCCUUUUGUUAUAUAACGAUUUGGAGUUCAUUCCCCGAAAGUGCACUGACUUACAUAUACCCUAAGAGCAGAAGCCACUGUUCUGCAAGUUGACAUUACCAGAGCUCCCUUCCUGUGUGCGUGUGCAUGUGUGUGUGUGUGUGUGUGUAUGUGUGUACGUGAGAACAUUAUGGUGUCCAAGCUUGCUGCUGCAGGAUAGUUCUACAUCUAAUUUCGAAACGUCUAAGAAGCUUAAACAGCUAACAGGUGCUUUGCUUUAGGUACUCCACUCAUGAGCACAUUAGGCCUCCAAUGUAAUUAGCCAUUCACACAAAAUCUAACACUAAGGUAUACGAUGUACAUAGAAUAUAUAAGAGAUGUACAGAACUUCCCCAUCAAUAGGCAAAGCUAUUUGUGUCUGUAUUUGUGGUACUGUUUCGGAGAUGGUAUCAACCUAUUUUGUGUCAUUCCACCUAACAGAUGCCCUUAUUUACAAUGGCGUAAUUAUUUCCACUGUGCUACAUUCAUCACAAAAAAUGCUCUUUGAUGGCGCAGUUUAUUUUGUUUAUUUAUUUUUGUAUGUCAAGCCAACUGCUGAAUGUACAAUGUGAAGAAUUAAAUAUGCCUAUUUGUAAA